AGGUGACAUCAUUACCAACACAGAGGAAACAGCCGAAACCAGCAGCAGUGACAAAAUGGAACAGUACAAACCAUCAGAGAUCCCAGCAGCUGCAAACAGACCAAGGCGUGAUUGGAGAUGACCAGACUAUCUGACAGACAAUGUUACCUAGACUUAACCAAGCUCAUGCUCACCGGACAUACUGUAGACAUUAUACUCCUGAAACAUUUUCCGUUUGAGCUUAGAGCAUUGGACAUUUAGGACGUUGUUUUCUAGUUGCAAUUUUUAUUAAUUUUCAAGGAAGACUGUCUCAGGAAAAGGGGAGAAAUGUAAUAUCAAAUCCAGCAUUCCUUCAAUUCCAGUACAGUUCAGUUUCAGGGUUCGCACAGUCUUGAAAAGUCCUUGAAUUUUAGAGGGAGUCCUUGAAAAGUCCUUGAAUUCCAUACAUCCUUGAAAAGUCCUUAAAUUCAUUGGUAAGGUCUUGAAAAGGCCUUGAAUUUUCUCCAACAUAAAAUCUUUAGGGGUCGAAGAAAGUUUUUUUGUUUAGAUCAGAGUAUUUUUUCAUUUUUUUGUCGCAAGAAUAACCUAGACACAAAAGCAAAACCGAAAUGUGAGCCAAACUGCGAUUAACUGCGAGCCGAAACCAAAUUGACCAGCGGUUGUGUGUAUGGCUUGUCAUGCUCAUGCACAUGUCACAUGGAGCUUGUAAUUGCGGAGUUUUUCAAAACGUUCUGUUGUUGGAGGGUAUUUGCUGAAAAAAUGCCUGGAAAGUGUACAUUUAACCCCAAAUGGUUAACUAAGGAAGAAUAUAAAUGGGUCAGGCAAGUAAAAGGCGAUUUGCGGAAAGCAUUGUGCAUAGUGUGCAACAAAACUAUCGCUUUAACAACGAUGGGCGAGAGUGCACUACGUUCGCACAUGGCAGGAAGUAAACAUCAGACAUCUGUAAAGUCGAAUGCAACAACAAGUACUGUGAAGCCAUACUUAGCGAAAGAAGUUUGUGAGGUUCAGAGCAGGAUUUCCGCAGCAACUGUGAAUCAGGAAAAGGUUGAUACUGGUACUCUUGACAAAGAUGCACCGAUGAACAUUCCACCGCCUCCAGCCACGAAUGUUGCACCAUCCUCUGGGAGGUCAGUUUCUCAGUUUUUUAGCAGAAACGAUGUACUGAAGUCUGAGGUAUUGUGGACUUUGAAAACCAUUUCGAGUCACUGUUCUUAUAAUUCUAAUGAAAACAUUGAGAAAAUUUUUCGUGUUAUGUUUCCUGAUAGCCAAAUAGCUGCAAAAUUUACUUGCAGAUCAAGAAAAACAUCCUACCUAUGUGUUUUUGGUUUAGCCGAAUACUUAAAGGAAAUGUUGAUGAAAGCUGUAAAAGGAUAUUUCACGAUUCUCUUUGAUGAGAGCUUAAAUAAGAAGAGUCAAUCGAAGCAAAUGGACAUUCACGUUCGUUAUUGGGAGGGUGACAAAGUUGUCACACGUUACUUUGGCUCACAGUUUUUGGGUCAUGCAACUGCCAAUGAUAUGGUCAAGCAUUUUGAGGACAGUGUGGUGAACAGUGGACUUCCUAUUUGCAACCUGGUACAAAUCAGCAUGGAUGGACCUAAUGUUAAUUGGAAGUUCUUUACAAAUAUGAAGAAGAAACUAUCUGAUGAUUUUGAUACAAUUUUGAUAAACAUAGGAUCAUGUGGACUCCACAUUGUGCACAAUAGCUUUAAAACUGGAGCAACUGCAGCAGAGUGGAAAGUGGAAGCAUUGCUGUCAAGCCUUUAUUAUCUUUUUAAAGAUUCACCUGCAAGGCGGGAAGAUUUCUUACAGAUUUCUGGCAGCACCAGGUUGCCCCUCAAGUUUGUGAAUCACAGAUGGCUGGAGAAUGAGACUGUUUGUGAAAGAGCUCUAGAACUGUGGGAGGACAUACUCAAGUAUGUGAGAGCUGCUGAAUCCAAGCAAAUCACAAAACCAGGGAACAAAUCAUAUGAAACAAUUGUUGAAGCUACCAAGGACAAACUAAUCAGAGCUAAAUUGCAAUUUUUCAAGUGUGUAGCAGGGCAAAUUCAACCAUUUUUGGUUACAUUUCAAAGUGACAAACCCCUAACACCCUUCCUUUCUAGUGAACUGUGCAACCUCCUAAGAUCAUUAAUGCGAAGGUUUAUGAAGAAAGAAGUUUUGUCAGAAGCUACAACUGCUGAUAAGCUUGUCAAACUUGACGUCACCGAUAAACAAAUCCAUGUAAACUACAAAAAGAUUGACAUUGGUUUCUUAACUGAAAAGGCACUAAAAGACUCUGUUGGAGCAAGUGAAAAGCAAGUUUUGGAAUUCAGAUUGCAGUGCAAGACCUUUCUGAUAGAACUUCUACAGAAGCUUUUGACCAAAUGUCCUGCUUCAUAUUCCUUGGUGAGAAAUUUGAGUGCUUUGAACCCCAGAGAGAUGGCUUCUGAUGCAGACCAGUCCAUAUCCAGGUUUAAAAGGGUUGUAUCCCAACUUGUGAAUGUCAGAAGGAUCAAAGAAAGUGACUGUGAUGCCAUAAUCCAGGAGUACACUAGUUUUCUGGACAACAUACCAGCCUUUGGAUCUGAGAAGUUUUUGAACUUCAAAUUUAGUACUGACAGAUUAGAUGAGCUGUUCAGCACUUAUAUGAAUACCGAGUCUUACCAGAAGUUGUUUAAAGUAGUACAGCUCCUUUUAGUCCUGUCUCAUGGUCAAGCUUCAGUAGAGAGAGGUUUCUCAGUGAAUAAGGAGCUUGAAAUUGAGAAUCUAGCAAAUCAAUCACUCGUGGCUCAACGCCUUGUGUGUGAUCAUUUAAAUGCUGUUGGUGGCGUCUUGAAUGUACCUCUUACCCAGCCUUUACUCACCUCAUGCGCAGGAGCAAGAAAACGUUAUGAAAGGUACCUGGACCAACAACGACAGAACAAGAAAUCUGAAGAAGGAAGUCGGAAGCGGAAGUCUUUGUUGGAUGAAAUUGAGGAACUUAAAGAGAAAAAGAGGAGAAUGAAUGAGGACAUUGACUCUUUAAUUAAGUCGGCAGAUAAUUUGUCUGAGAAGGCUGAAUCGACCAGAGAUAUAUCUUUUGUGACACAGUCAAAUUCUCUAAGAAAAACGUCCAAAGAGAAGGCAGAGGAACUAAAGAACCUAGAGAAGAAGAUGGAGGAGAAACUUCAGGCAUUAAAAUCCUGUUAAUUGAAAAGGUGCAUGUUAUUUACAUUAUUUAACCUGUAACAUUACACUAUUUACAUUUAUUGGUGGGUCCUUGAAAAAUAAAUUCGGU